CCGGCUUGACAACGAACACAAAACACGCACUGUCGUUGAUGGCAGUGUCUGCAGCGUGAAGAAUAGUGAAACAUUGUGAGGAUAUGAAUCAGCGGCUGACUUUGCGUGUGUUCGUGUAGCGGGCUGCCUCCACGGCUUCAGCUGCUAGCAGAUUUGUCUUCGUUACAAGUGGCGGACUGGCUGCUCGCCGUUUUGGCGGAGGGAGUGUGAGGGGCGGCCUGUGCUCCAGUCAUGACCUCCGGGAAUGGGAACACUAACAGCAGCCAACCCAAUGGAGAGAGCAAACCAGCCCAGGCCCUAGCCAAGUCCCACAUCCUCACCCAUCUGAUCGAAGGCUUUGUUAUCCAGGAGGGUGCUGAGCCUUUCCCUGUGGAGCGUCCAUCUUUCUCAAUAGAGAGCCUAAGAAGAAACACAGCAGAUUCAAAGAUGGACAGCAUCUCACCAAAGGAGAUAAAGUCGCAGCAGGAGCCCAUGCUGACCUGUGAGCUGUGUGGCAGGGUUGAUUUUGCCUACAUCUUCAAAAGGUCCAAGAGGUUCUGUUCAACAGUGUGUGCUAAACGCUACAAUGUGGGAUGCACAAAGAGAAUGGGUCUUUUCCCAAACCGCAAAACCACCCUGGAGAACAUGAAGAAACAAAGAGCACUGAACGGAAACCACAAAAACACCAAUUUAGAGUCUAAAAAGAAGAAGCCUGCUACAGCUGCUCUGUCCACUGGUCACUCGGUCCACCCUGCACAGGGAGAGUCCAGUCAAUGUUCAACCUUGUCUGGCUACAAAAGACCCCCAGCUCCCCUAUCACCUGCCCCGCGGGUGCCUGCGACGCAAGGCUCUGAGCAUCACCUGCUGCCCCCCAGUUUCCUGCCCGGUGACCCUGCCCAGUGGAACAUAGAAGAUGUCUACGAGUUCAUCUCCUCUCUACCAGGUUGUCUGGAGAUUGCUGAGGAGUUCCGUUCUCAGGAGAUCGAUGGACAGGCGCUGCUGCUGCUGAAGGAAGACCAUCUUAUGGGAACCAUGAACAUCAAACUGGGUCCUGCGCUCAAGAUCUUUGCUCAGAUCAACAUGCUCAAAGACUCAUAGACACUCACGCUCACACUUCCCUACAAGGCAGCUCUACUCUUAAAGGACAAACAGGAUGUACUCAACACCCCACACACUGACAGACGCUGAGUUGAGUUCAGCUUCCAGGCCAGAAUGGUUUGACGGACGUUUUGUCUUUGUCUGCAUACACGAAGGACCUCAGCUGUUCAACUUGUUUUUUUACACUGUUAACUUCACUGCGCCACUACUUCAGGAAAACUUUUACCCAGUGUCACGGAGUAAUGCUGCGUUAGGUAGGCUGUGUUGGGAAAAGGGUUUGAUUAAGAAUACAUUCAGUUUUUAUAGUUUGUUACUGUACUUUAUAGACUUAAGGUCAUAAGUUGAUUGGUUUUUAUAUUUCUGACUGGAGGAUGACUGUGAAGAUUUCGCGUCUGUGCUUGCUGUUUCAGCCCAACAUUCUGGUAAACAUACUUGCUCAUACCUGCUUAGGAGAGCAGCAUCAUCUCUGUAUGACCUGAGUUAGUUAGUCCUGACCCAGGACCUUUGUACUGCCUAUCACUGUCCUGCAUUGCUCUCUCCUCACACUUUAGACUUUUCUAUCACUGAGCGGGUCCAAAUUUGUCACAUAGGGAAUAUUGGAAAAUAGGAAAUCAAAAAGUGGAAAGAUCCUGUCUUUCAUCAAAGUCAGCACAAACUAUGUAAAAUUAGAAAUUUGAAACAAAGAAAACAAACAAUAUAGGGAAGAGAAACUAUAGGGAAAAGGACUAUCAUUUCAUUUUCAGUAUUACUGCAAUAUAUCUUCUAGCCACCAGUGGCAGCACAGAGCUCACUGCUCUCCAGUUGAAGGGGGGAAAAUAGAUGUGUGUUAUUUUUGAUUUGCAGGUUUGUUGGGACAAUUAGUGUUUUUAUUCAUUGUGAAAGUUAAUUCUUGACCAGAGACAUAAAAUAGUUUUCCGCUUCA